UAAUCCAUUUCUUCCUUCAGAUUCCUUUCAACCUUGUUUAACUGAUUAACGUUCAUAUUUUUAACGGCUCUUCCAAAUUUGAAAUAAAGGGCUUUUCCAUAUUCUUGUAUCAUUUCAAUUGCGAUUCCGGCGAAGUGUGGUCUCCGUUCACUCACUGCCAUAAAAAAGACUUAUAAUGUUGAAAAAUCACAUUUAGUUUUGGAGCACCGAGUUUUGGAACUGAUCCUGUAGUUCUACUUCAUAUGCGGAAGUGAAAAACUGAGAAGAUGUCAACACACCAACAAAGAAAGAAGGAGGUAUCAUCGAAUGCGAAAAGGUCCCAUGUUGUCGUAUCAACUUAAGGAACAUAGGAUAUCCCUUGAUAGCUUAUAUAAAGAUUUUGCGACAAGCUUAUUACACUUUUGACAAAAGCGCACUUGAGCUUUGGCUAGGGCAGUGAAGGAAAUGAGCAAAGUAGCAAUUGUCCGAUGUGUAUAAGCCAAGAAUAAAAGAGAGACAUUCAGGAUCAGAUGAGGAAAGAGAAGAGUUCGACAAAGAUGCUGAUGCCAAAGCUAUUGACUCCAUGGAAUACUCGUCCAAAACGAAGGUUGAGAAAGUUGGAGACGUUAAUCCUGUUGAAGACUUUGAGGAAAUGUUGUCUCGAAGAGAUGAUCCAAAAUGGAUUAAUAAGGCCAUUCACGACAUGAAAAAUAGGAUCUUUGAUCUCGUGGAGAAUUCUUAUGAAGGAGAUACAUUUCAUAAAGCAUUGGAAUGUUUGGUGGCGCUGCGCAAAGGUUGCAUCCUUGAGCAGGAACCAAAGCAAUUCAAUGAUUUCUUGUGCCACCUGAGUAAAUUCUGUCAAGAAGACGUGAGAAGUUUUUGUCAAUAUCUCACAUCUCACGAAAUCACUUUGAUAACGAAGGCAGAAACUCCAGACAGUGAAAUUCCAAAGCACUAGGCUAGAAGCUUUAUGGUCAACCCUGCACUUGACUUGCAAAAUAUGAAAUCAGAGGCUAAAGCAGAAAAUGAAACAUAGAGAUCGGCAUUUUCAUCAAGAAAUGCCACUCUGUAAACUUUAAAAGAUUUUCUAGUCAAACUCAUAUUGAGGUUUCUGGCGAUGGUUGUGAAUCUUACACCUCAAUGAGGUUUAUUUUAUAACUCCAUCCUCAAUUUUUUACGUUUGGUUGUUCAAAAUCUUCAAGAUGAAAGUUAUGUUGUAGAUGUCUAUGUCCAUGCCUAUUGUGAGCGAGCAUUAGGUAUUAAAUAGAAAUUCCUCUCGACAGGCACGAAGUGAAUGGAGCCACUGUUGUUCAAGGCAUAUUCUAACUGAUUGAAAGCAUAGUUGUCGUUUGAUGAAAAUUGUUCGACCCAAUAAAUGUUAUAGUGGAGUGUAAUUUAAAAGCAUGAUUUAUCUUUCUUUAGAUAG